AAAGAAGGCAGUGACAGGGCCUAGGCUGGUGCUAUUAAAAGGGUCUUGGGGUGAGCGAGGGGCGGGGCUGUCUAGCCCCGCCCCUCUCUGGACAGCUGUAGGGGGUUGGGAACUCAGGCGGAGCCGGGGACAGUGACUGAAGCCUCACGUGACUGGCCAACUCAGACUCUUGCGCCGGGGUCCACCACCAGACUUGGUCGUCGCUUACAGCCUCUAGGCCUAAGAGGCCCUAUCUGCUCCCGGUGGCCCUCAGGGCGUGCAGGCUAGGAGCAGCCUGAAACAGCACGACGCAGAGAAGGAACGGGAGUAAUGGAAUCCAAACAGGAACAAGUGAUAAAAAAUCUCAACGAGGAAAACGCCCAGCAGGAAAAGGAAGAAAAAGAUGAAAAAGAGCUACAAGCUAAUAACAGGGAGCUCUUGGCCCUGCCUUUGGAAGCUGGUGACUACAAUGUGCCUAGAGGAAAUCGCAGGCAGUUCCGAGUUAGGCAGCCCAUCCUGCGCUAUAGAUGGGACCUGAUGCAUAGGCUUGGAGAGCCACGGGCAAGGAUGAGAGAAGAGAAUAUGGAAAGGUUUGGGGAGGAGGUGAGACAACUCAUGGAAAAGCUGAGAGAAAGGCAGUUGAGUCAUAGCUUGAGAGCAGUUAGUAAUGACCCCCCUCACCAUGACCAUCACAAUGACUUUUGCCUUAUGCCCUGAAUCUUGAUGUUUUCCCUGAAGUUAAUAGAGAAACACUUGCUUCCUAAA